UCGCCCCUUUCUGAACCCGGUCCGCAUGGCUAUCCGAAGCGCUUCGCAGUGCGCAUGGCCGGGCUGAGAGGCUUCAAGAUUUACGGAGCCGACCGGAGGCGCCCGUGCCACUACGUCGAGCUGCACGCGCGGCAGCAGGUCCUGCGCGGGAGCGGCCGCAGGAGGGACAAGAGCCGGGCCCUCGUGACGGUGCAGGAAAACUGGCCGUCCUGGUCUCUCUUCCCGCUCGACGACGAGCCCGCCACCUUUACCGUCACGAUUCAUCACCAUCACCUAAUACCCGACCCCCACCACGACGGGGGCGAUGAUGACGGCGGCCUUGUCCGUGCCGACGAGACGACGAUCGACGUGGACCACGUCCGCUGCCGGCCCGUCACCUUUCGCUUCCAGCUCGCCGUCCCGACCACGCCAGCCGACGCGACCGGCAGCGGCAGCGGCGGAGGCAGCACGUCGCGCACGACGCUCGAGACAUUUGAGUGGCGUCGGGCGCCGCCGGCCUGCUGGGAGACGCGCGGAAUCCGCAAGAAGACGCUCCCCGCAAUGGCAACGGGAGACGAGCGGCCGCCGGAGGAGAAGUUUGUGUGCUCGCCGUCGGGAUCGGUGCUGGUGCGCCUAGGCGGCGGCGGCGGCGGCGGCGGCGGUGGCCAGCGGUGCGCGCCUGGGGGGCGGGACCGGCCGAUGGGGUUCACGCGGGCGGGCGAAGAAAUACUGGCGUCGUACGCGCGGGCGCGGGGCUGCGGCGGCGUGCGGUGUUACUUUCAGUUCUGGGGCUCGGCAGCCGCGGGCACGCUGGGCGAGGCUUUUACCCACGUGGCCGUCAUGACGGGCUUGGCGGUGUACCAGGACGAGGAGGACGAGACGGCCGGGAGGAGGGGGAGGAGAAAG